AUGACCCGCCUCGAACAGUUGCCCCCUCUUAUUAGCCACCGCAUAUUGGAGGACGACGCAGCAGCGGGCGUUGAUCCCCGACCCGCCGCGACCGACCUCACAGACCUGCUCCCGGCAUCGCGACGGACGCCGGAGGACGACCUGACGACCCCUGCCCCGCAUUCGGUGCUCGCCUGCGUCGACGCGGAGCUCGAUCUACGGCGGCUUGCCGAUAUCCACCACUGGCUGUGGAUCGCGGGACGGCCCAUGCCGCCGCGCCCGCUCCACCAGCAGCGUCUCCUCAACCGCGAGAUCGUGAUCACCGAGAGGCUAGACCAGCACCUGGUGUGGGGGGACGGCCGCAUACUCGUUAAGCCGCUGCCGCGCUUCCUCCUGGAGCCGCGCUUCUGGGUCGAGCAUCUGGGCUGCGGGCCGCAUCCUGGUCCCUUUGCAGAUGACCGGUCGUGCGCUUGCCGGGCCCGUCGGGAGCGCGCGCUCGGCUUUAUCUUCUCAUACGCGGCUCUCGUGGCCUACGAGAGUGACUUCCAUAUCGCCGGGGAGAAUCACCUGCUACCGCAAGAGGUGCAGUGGCAGGCGUGGAGGGCGGUCGUAAAGGAGGUCCUGAGCAAGGAGCAUAUCUACUCUUCGAUCGACCCGCGCUUCCACUACGGAGAGCUCCGCCUCAGCCGGCUCAACAAGAUACACUUGCUCUGGAAGGCCCCCCUCCGCGGCUACGCGUCUCGCUGGAACCAGUACGGCUCCUUCUUCAGCGACAACUUUAGCUGGCUGGCCAGCUCGAUAGUCUAUAUUGCUAUUGUCCUAACAGCAAUGCAGGUCGGCCUGGCAACAAGACUUCAGGAGAAUGAGGCCUUCCAGUCGGCCUCGUAUGGCUUCACUAUCUUCUCUAUCCUGGGUCCUCUCGUCGCCGCGGGCCUUAUCUUAGUGGUGUUCUUCUAUUUAUUUGUCGGCAACUGGGUCGCUACGAGGCGCUACCGGGAGAAGAGAAUGCGGAUCAUUGAGGGUCAAGGGUAG